GUUGACUGACGUCGUGGCCAACAGCACGUGCUAACCGAGGUGGCGCGUGCAGCAAAAAACACCAGCAGCAGUACCAGCUGUGGUGGCCAGCAACAACAAAAACAACAACAGAGCAGCCAUUGCAAAAACAACACAUACAAUACACACACACACACAGCUAUACUAUCGCAACAACAAAGGCUUUGGGCUAGGCAAAGAGAAGAAGGAGGAAAGAAGUGGUGGGGAAGGAGAGUGCGAGGAGUGAAUCUAAUUUGAGUGAAAUUUAAACGAACGGAGAAGAGGAAGCAGCAAAACAAUACAUCAAUGCAGGCUAACUGUUUAAGUGUGUGAAAGAGUGCAAGAGCAAGAAAGGCGGACCCGAGUGAUUGAGUGUGAGAAUGCGACAAUAAAUUAGCUGUAAUUUGCACCUUGUUAUUUGCACCUGAAUCGAAAGUGGUUUAUACAUUGUAUAUUUUUGUUAUAAUAAUAAUAAGAAUAAUAAUAAUACCCGAGUGGAGACCAGACCAACCAGCAAGUAAUCAAAGUUAAUUUACCAACACAUGAAAAGUAAACGUAAAUUCUAUUUACGCAAAUAACACUCAACAAGGGGGCAAACAAGAAAAAGAAGAGCAGGCGGAUAAGUAGGCAACAGAAGAAUUAGAAGAAGCAGCAGCCGCAAAAAGCAGCGCAAACAGGAUACUUAAAAUAUCAAGGCAAAUACACACAAUCACACACACAUACACACACCUAUACCCAGAGGAGGUUCAUAUUUUUGGCCAACAAAGAAGAAAAAACCACCGCACGAAAUAAAUAUAAAAUAAACCCAACAACGCUGAGGUGUAUGGCCCAAAGGCAAGGCAAACAAACAGGGACGAAAAAAGAAGGAAAAGUGAAACAGAAACAGAAAGAUGCCAAAAUGCUGGACAGAGAUUGAUGCUGGCUGCCGACGAACAGCCUCUACAACAACAACAGUAAACAACAACUUCAAUACAAUAAUAAGGCCAAGAAAAGCGACAAACAACAACAACAAAGACAACGACAUCAGCAGUGACAACCGCCAAAUGUGAACAGACAAGCGACAGCAAUUGAUAUAUAUUGAAUUCGCCAUAUCGCAUCGAUUAAGUCAUGAACGCACUCGAUAUGAAUAAACAAUUUCUGAGCGUCUCCCAGGACCAUCAGCAUCAGACCUCGGUGGCAGACCAGCGGAGUCGCUCAAGAUCGGAGCGUGCCUCUAGCCUGGCCCUGCCCCUUAACUCCCUGCUGGACUUCUACGACAAGCAGCAGGAGCAGUGCAAGUCGGUCACCCUGCUGCCCUUGCCCAGCAACAGCAGCAACAUCAGUGACAGCAGCAACACAUCCAGCAGCAACAGCAUCGUGCGGCGACACUCCUCCCACUACUAUCCCAUGCUCGAGGACAAGCAGAAGCCGUCGCAGCUGCCACAAGCAGCCACCGAAAUGCUUGUAAACAUGACGGAGCAGAAAUAUGGCCAGUCAGCGCAUCAGGGGGCCGUCUCGGGAGGCAGGCAGUUCCACCAGCAGCAGCAGCAGCACUUGGUGCGGGUGGAUACCCCGGUGACGCCACCGCCUCCCAUUCCACGACGCCUCCUGCGUGGAAAGUCCGCCUGGCAGGCGUCGAGUCCCAACCCACUUCCACUUUCGGCUGGCGGACAGGAAGGCGCCCACGGCACGGGCACGGUGUUUGUUUAUCCGCAGCCAACAAACGUGACCGCAGAGGCAGUGGCUCGGGGAUCAGGCGAUGGGCAGGGCGGAGGAGGUGGUCUGCAAUCAGCGCUGCUUGUUGACAUAGCCACACGUCCGGCGUCCGGAUAUGCGGAUGCCGAUGGGAUUUCCGAUGACGACCGCAUGAGUCUGGAGAACUCCGUGUUCGACGAGUCGCUAACCUCCACGCCCGUCAAGGUCGCCGGCUAUCUGGCCGGACGCUACUCCGGCUUGAGCCACAUGGCGAAGCGGGCCCAACGCUCCUCCAGCAGCACCGUGGACUCCGCCUACGGCUCAUCGCUGGGCGGGCACAGUGAACGUUUUGCCAGCAGUUCGACUAGCGUGGACUUUCGCAGUCGCUUCUCCUCGGUGGACACCCAGUCCUCCCUCGAUGAGAAACCGCUUUCCAGCUCGAUUGACUCACCUUUGGCCAGGGACACCAGGGAUGCGUACAGGGAGCGUACCAUGCUCAACGAUGCCAUGCACAAGUUGAACAACAAUAACACCAGCCUGGGCUUGGCCCUCUACCCGGCCAGUAAUAACAACAACAGCAGUAUCAGCAGCAGCGGAGGAGCUGAUGGCACUAAGUUACCAGUGGUUCCUGCUCGCAAGCAGCCCCCACCUCCGAAGGGGAGUGGCAACAGCAAAGACUCAAUCAGCGACACCCAGUCACAGAGCUCCAAGGAACCCAGCAGCGUCUCGGCCUCGGCCUCCACUUCGUCCGCCGCGUCUGCAGGAUCUAGCACGAUCUCCAGCGGCACCAUGUCAUCCAUGUCUGGGCCAAGCUUAGCCGUUGCCCCGGUUACUGACUCUAAUAACAAACGUCCAGGGCCUCCAGAGCCACCUAUACGACAGGCUAAUGUCUUUGAUCAGAUGGAGUCAGGUUCACGGGGUCAUCCGCCGCCACCAUUGACUGUGAGAAAUAAGUUGGCUCGCAAUAAGCCUCCACCAAUCACAUAUCCUCGGAUGCAGCAACGUCAGGAUUCCACUCUGUCCAGCGAUAGCUACUCAAUUAGCUCUAGUCCGGGCUACAACUCUAAGCUGAUGGAAGCCCCAUUGCUGGGAUCUCAGCAGGUGGGCCGCAAAACUAAUGCUCCUGGCUCAGCCCAGCGACAGACUCCUCUCAUGGAUUUGGCCCCAACACGCUUUUUGAGCGGCGGCGGAGGAAGUGGAAGUGGCAAGCAGCCGCCAGCAGUGCCACCGCCCAGGGGGAAAAUCAACUUCCGUCAGGACUCUACCAUCUCCAGCGACAGUUUCAGUCAGACGUCCAGCCCAGGCUACAAUCCCAAGCUCAUGGAAGCGCCGCUGCUACCUUCAUUGUCCGCCAAGCGACUCUGCAGUGCACCAGCUCCGAUUGUAUGCCGGCAGGGAGUGCAGCACGAGCCCAUCGAGGAGUUGGAACCACCACAGACGAUAUCGCCGCUCCAUAAGACAGCUGGUCCGCCGAGCAGCCUGCAGACCAUCGUGCGCUUCCAGAAUGGAGCUCCGCACACCAUGUCCUUGCAGCAUCAGAUUAUCAACCGGCGCAAGAGCUCCAAUCCGUACAUCACCAACGGCCGCUUGAAGUUCCGUCUGUUCCAGAUCCUAAUCAACGCCUUUGCCCUGCUGGCCAUCGCCGGGGGUCUGGCUGCCUACUUUAAUGCCUAUCCCACUAUUAAGUUCGUGAACAAGACCAUCAUCAACACGAUCCAUGUGGAGGACACCACAAGUUUCGGCAAGAAUCCAGCCCCGGGCACUUGCCUGCCCAUCAUUGUGCGCUUUUGCCAGGGUCCCCAGAUCCCCUACAACUACACCGUGUUCCCCAACUAUAUCGGUCACUUUGGACAGCUGGAGACGCAGACGGACUUGGACUCCUAUGAGGCUCUCGUGGAUGUCAGAUGUUACGAGCUGGUGUCCCUCUUUCUCUGCACUCUUUUUGUGCCCAAGUGCGGGCAAAGUGGCGCCACUGUGCCUCCUUGUAAGACCCUUUGCACGGAGACUAUGCGCCGUUGUGGCUUCUUUUUCGACGUGUUUGGACUGAGUCUGCCCGAGUACCUGAACUGCAAGCUCUUCAAGGACUUUCCAAGUUCCGAGGACUGCGUGGGAGUGGAUGAGGUCCGUGAGGUUAUGAAAGCCGCCACGCAUCCCAAGUGCGAUGGUUUCCAGUGCGAUCAGAAUCGUUGUCUGCCGCAGGAGUACGUGUGCGAUGGACAUCUGGACUGCAUGGAUCAAGCGGACGAGGCCAGGUGCGAAAGAUGUGGUCCGGACGAGAUCUACUGCGGCGACAGCCAGUGCAUCGGUACCAAGCACAUAUGCGAUGGGAUCAUUGACUGUCCUUACGGCCAGGAUGAGCGAAAUUGCUUGAGGCUGAGUGAGCGGAAUGGCGAUGUGGGCACUGGUGUUCUUGAGGUCUAUCGCAUAGGUCAGAGGCAGUGGAUGCCCGCUUGUGUAAAGAACUGGGAUCGGGCAGUCUCACCCAGUGCCGUGUGCUCCAUUCUGGGCUACUCGGCCGUGAAUGCUACCAGUGUCCUGACCCAACGGACUCAUCGCCCGCUGCUAGCCUCAGUGAAUGUGUCCACCGACAUAUGGAAGAUGUACGCGAAGAGAAAGUCCACCUUGAUGCAAGAGUUUGCGAACUGCAAGAAGUCGGAGGAUUAUCCAAUGGCAGAACUUACAUGCUCCAAUUAUGAGUGCGGACGAGUUAAGCGGGGCAGGCAUAAACCGUCGAGGCGCAUCAUAGGAGGAACCCAAGCUAGUCCCGGCAACUGGCCAUUCCUGGCUGCCAUUUUGGGUGGGCCAGAGAAGAUCUUCUAUUGCGCUGGAGUCCUGAUAUCUGAUCAAUGGGUGCUCACAGCCUCUCACUGCGUUGGAAACUAUAGCGUGAUAGACAUGGAGGACUGGACUAUUCAGCUGGGAGUGACGCGUCGCAACUCCUUCACCUACUCGGGUCAAAAGGUUAAAGUUAAGGCUGUCAUUCCACAUCCGCAGUACAACAUGGCUAUUGCCCACGACAAUGACAUAGCCCUCUUUCAGCUGGCCACGCGCGUUGCCUUCCAUGAGCACCUGUUACCUGUAUGCUUGCCGCCACCGAGUGUGAGAAAUCUACAUCCUGGCACCCUGUGCACCGUCAUCGGCUGGGGCAAGCGGGAGGACAAGGAUCCCAAGUCCACGUACGAGUUUAUAGUAAACGAAGUCCAGGUGCCCAUCAUCACGCGUAACCAAUGCGACGAGUGGCUGGACAACUUGACAGUGUCAGAGGGAAUGGUCUGUGCCGGAUUCGAUGACGGAGGCAAGGAUGCCUGUCAGGGCGACUCGGGUGGUCCACUGCUGUGUCCGUACCCGGGGGAAAAAGAUCGCUGGUUUGUUGGCGGCAUCGUGUCCUGGGGCAUUAUGUGUGCGCAUCCCCGGCUGCCGGGUGUCUAUGCAAACGUGGUGCAGUAUGUACCCUGGAUACAAGAGCAGAUCGCGAAACACUCCCGUCCCAUCAACGAGGAUCGGGUUAACAAGUACGACCUGCAUCCAGGUGGACCCGAUAUCUUGUCCAAAAUAGCCACAGACCCGAUGCGUGAGGGUAAGCCCCACCAUUAUACACACUCCAGGUCGUCGUCCAAAAACUAAUUCUGAGAAUUCUCGAUGAGAGCCAGAGUCAAGUUACACUGGAACAGAGCAUAUCCAUAUCCACGAAACGAUUGCACAAAGUACUCAAAAACAAACAGAACCGAUGGAUCCUGUAGGAUGCAUACAUAUAUUUUGCUACUAAACUUAGGGUAUUAGCCAGCCGGCUAAAACCGAAUUGGGCAACAUAAUCAUGUGUCAAUUUGCCGAAUUUAUUUGUCAAUUUUUUUACCAAGAGAUUUUUAUGAACCUAAAACCCAAGGAAAUUAAUAACCCAGACAAGCGGAAAAAUUACCCCGAAAAUGGGUGCAACUAUAUGUCAAUACAUAUUGCAAACGCGAUUUAUAUAUUUACACUUAAAAAGAAAGUAACCGUCAUUGUACCCGAUAUCUAACCAAUUGAUAAUUGUGUCUAAAUACCCCGAAACCCGGACAAUAAUUCAAUUUUGUAGCUGAAUUUUGUGUUGAAAGGUUCCGGCUAGGACUAAACCUAUAUUAUACUAAGUAUUACUCCGCAGGAAAAACCUAUGAUUAAUGAAAAUGAAUUCAGAAAAAUAUUGUGAAGUAUAAAUAGUAGAAUCACAGCUAUUGAGUGUUGACAAUUAAAACAGGAAAUAAGCGAAUCAAAUGUAGAAAAUGUGUAACUAUAACUAAACCAAAGAAAACAAGGAAAAAUUGCUGAUCUUGGGCAUUUGAAGGACGUAGCAGUAAGCUCUUCUCCAAACAUGCUGUCUUACAACAGAGAAUCUAUCGAACAAUAAGAAAGUGCAGUUGACAAUAAUGAGAAAUGCACAAUAAGCAACAAAUACAAAUAAAUGCAUCUAGCUAUAAGUCAUGAAAAUAAUAUGUAACUACAAUGCGUGGGUUUCAGCUUUAAAGAACACUAAAUGGAGGGUAUAAGGAAUAAUGACAGAUGUCAGACAGGAUUAGAUGGAAUAUACUUAUACACAUAGCAUACUGUUUAUGCGGUAAACUACAGAAGGUAUACACGCUUCGGUAGUGGAUAUGUCAAUGUAACUUAAUAUUUAGAACUAUUUACACGCCAACGCAACUCGUUUGUCACGUCCCGCUCCCUAUUCCCUGAACCCACUUAGACUGGCUGCUUUAGUAGAAGCUCAAGAUAACGCCCUGAUUUCUAUCCCCAUUUCCCCCAUUUAUCUAUAACCCGGGUGUGCCAUUCAGACUUUGUAGGCGCAACUACUUUGCAGAGGAAUCGCACGAAUAUAAAUGUAUAAUACGCGUAACUAAAGACUCAAAAUUGGUUGUUUCAACACACAAAAUACACAGACACACACUUGAGCUUCGCGACGUGUACAGCUUUGAUAUUGUUUUCGGGUCGAAACGGAACCGGAAGCGGAAGCGGAAGCUAAAGAUAGACCGGUAUUGUCUGGACCUCGAUGUUUUUUACUUAUCGUUUCUAGCUAAAAACCUGUUGAAAUGCUUUAGACAAGAGAUUGCAAAUUGUAUAACCGAUCACUAGAUACUAGAUCUAGUUGGACAUAUUAUGCCUACCUAUAUAUAUAUGCAUGUUUUGUACAAUCAGUUUACAAGUGGAAAGUAUUAUUAGUCUUAACGGGGGGUUAAAUGAAGCGCAUAUUACACAAGGCACACGAUGUUUUAAGAGGAACAUUAACACGAAAACCAAUAUGUAACUGAAAUAUAUACAAGAAAUAUACAUAUAACGGAUACAUAUAUUCUAUAUAUAUAUUGUAGUGGUAGCUAUUAAGCAGAUGUGAUGGUGUCUAAAUUUAUACAUGCAUAUUAUCAAGCAAAAAGUGGAUGACGGAAAGCUUAGAUUAUACUCGAGACAAAUCCGUGGGCUGUUGUAGAUCGAGCAUACUAACUAUAAUGACACACUACAGCGGACAGAUCCUGGACAAUACAUACUUAUAAAGACAUACCCAUAUCAUAGAAAUUAUGCUUACUUUGAUAUUGUGCACUGCAUGAACAUAGAUAUAUCGGGUGUGUUUCUGAAAUAAAAUAGGUGUCUAAAAUCAGGAAAUAAAAGAUUCUAAGCAUCAGAAGCAUCAAAUCACUUGAUAGUUCAGGAACACCUCGGUUAGAUAAGGUUUGUGUUUGAACUCAGGCGAGACUCCUUAGCUGUUGCCUUGGACAGUAAGCCACUCUUUCACCCUUUCAGUUUUCUGGGGUUCACUCUCCUUGUGCAUUUACGAUCAGACGGAUCAUGGCGAGCUAUUUUUAUACACCCCAUGCUCCAGGCUACUAUCAAAACGCUUAGCUUUAUGUACAUUUAGUCUAAAUCGAACACAACCCAUAUAUUAUACAUAUUGUAGAUGUAAAAAUGCUUAGCAUUGGCGAGUGGAGUGAGUGAAAUAAUUUACAUGUGGCAUGUUUUGCAGAAUAGAUAAUUACUAAGUAUAAUAUGCAUACAAUCAACUCGCAAACUAAAAAUCGCACAAGACCCAUAUCCUAGUUGAAUUUCUGCGCUUAAUGUGGGGACUGCCCCGAAAAAAGGAUUCGAUUCAGUUCCGCAUGCUCCAUGUGCUUGAGAGGACACCACAUAAACACAAGCCCCUAAAAAUGAAACCAAAGAAACCAACAAAUUGUAGCGAAACGUUAUGUGUAAAAUGUAGCAAAAUCCAAAAACCAGAAGCUGAUUAACAAACUAGUUGAAUUUACAUGUGUCGCGAAAAUAAUGAAGCAUAGUCUAUAUGUACUCACGUAUCAGAAUAUUAUAUGUAAAUGUUUAAAGAUGAUCAUUUGAUGAGAAGCACUUGUUAUUUAUGCACAGACGGAACUUUGUGAAGAAUUUACAAGAACAAACUUGACAAUAAAAGACAAAACUGAAUUUUUUCCUGUGAGCUAGACAAGCGCAUCGGAGGCAUUGAGAAUUUAUGAAAAGUUUUACAUUCAGAUUUUGAAGUUUUGACGCGAAUCAGAGAAUAUUGUUGAACAUUUAUUUUGAAAAACAAACAAUGAAAGAAUAACCACGACAAUAAGGCAGACAUUUGGCCAAUGUCCGACAAUAACUGGGAAAGUGCAGUAUCCCAAAUGUAACUACAUAAACUACACGCAGACACGUAUAACCAACUAAAUGCUAAAAGCAACAUGUCAUACAAUACAUGAUAUAUACUUACACACAUAUAUUAUAUAAAUGUUGGAAAAUAAAUGUAUAAAACCAUA